GAAAGCAGCAACUUAGAUGUCUACGUGUCAAACGCAUCAACAUUUAGGGACUUUGUAGAACAUGUCGAAUCAACCCAACAUCAUGAUGGACAUAUCAACAGAUUUUCGAAUGCGAACUUGGCAGUUAUGGAGAAGGCUGCAUGCGCGAUUGUCACUGUGCAAAUGGAGCAAUAUGUGACGGUGUUACAGGUGAAUGUGCCUCACUGGAGUGUGAACAGGGAUGGACAGGAUCAUCAUGUAACUCCCCCCUCAUUGAAGUUGACAAUGAAGAACAGUCCUUUCACUCUGGUGCAGUUGCUGGAGGUGUAAUUGGAGCUCUUUGUGUUGUCGCGGCCGUCUGUGGCGUGGCAUUUUUCUUCUAUAGAAGAAGACCUCGAAAACCGCAAGCAAACGAAUCAAGUAAAACGUACGAAAAUGCUGAGUUUAUUACACCAAAGCAGACACUUCCGUCGAAGCACAUAUCUUCCAAAACAUCAGAAAUUGCACAUAAAACGGACACAGAUGUCAAUUACUAUAAGUUUGAAGAUAACAUACCUGGCAUACAGAUUCACAAUCUUUGGGAUUACAUCAGAGACAACAACAAAAAAGGAUACCAACUCUUUACUGACGAAUUUGCAAAGCUUCCAACAGGACUUGUUCAUAAACACGAAGUGGCUGAAAGAGAAGAAUGCAAGGGAAAGAACAGAUACAGGGAGAUGUAUGCAUAUGACCACUCCCGCGUGCCGUUACAAAAGGAAAAGAAUGACGACUGCGAUUACAUUAAUGCGAGCUACAUAGACGGUUACGGUAAAGCUCGAAAGUUUAUCGCUUCUCAAGGUCCAACCAAAAACAUGAUCGACGAUUUCUGGCGAAUGGUCUGGCAAGAAAAUGCUGAAAAGAUUGUAAUGCUUACCAAUCUAAUUGAAAUGGCGACGGUAAAGUGCCUUCGAUACUGGCCAGAAAUGGGCCAAACCUGCUCCUUCGCUGGAAUCGACAUAUCCAUAACUGAUGUGAAAAAGUUUCGAGAUUAUGAAAUAAGAACAUUGAUUGCCAAAAAGGCACAAAGUGAAUUCAGGCAAAUUCAACAGUAUCAUUUCAAGGCCUGGCCCGAUAAAGAUGUCCCUGACAAUGGAUGGUGCAUUGUUGAGUUUCUGAAUGCUGUUGAAACACAGUCUACAAAUGAUCCAAUUAUAGUACACUGCAGUGCCGGUGUGGGACGGACAGGCACGUUUAUUGCUCUUGACAACCUCGUAGAUCAAGCAAAGACCGAAAACUGUGUUAGACCUUUGCAAAUGGUAGAAGCUCUGAGGCGGCAGCGAGUCAACAUGGUUCAGACCAAGGAUCAGUAUAUUUACUUGCACGAGGCGCUUGCCGAAGCUCUGCUGAUGGGCACUGAUCACGUCUGGCAUAGACAGUUUGAAGAGGUUCAUCCCUUCAUGAUAGAAAGGGAAACGGGAGAGAAACAGUCACGGCUAGUUAAACAGUUUCUGUUGAUUGAAAAAAGUCUUACCAAUGCGGUCCAGCAGGUCCAGAAUGGGCCAGAAUAUGGAAACAUGGAAACAAUUCUUUCAGAAAUCGACGCAUACUGCCCGAAAUUGAAGAAACUUUGUUCAAACUUUACACAACAGCUCGGCACAAUCUUGUUACCAAACUUUUCCGGAAAGAACACGUUCUUGAUGUGUAAAUCACCAUGUAGAGAGCAGUUGGACGAGUUUUGGUCUCUUGUAGAAGAGCAGCACGUGAUCACCGUCAUAAUGCUGACCUCUACUUCCAGCCGAGCACACGAGACCUGUGUGUACAUGGGCGGAAAUGGAGAUGGGAAAGUUGGAAGGUAUUCCGUUAACUUCAUACAAGAACGGAAGACCAAAACAUUUAAUGAAAGGAGCUUUUCAUUUCGGGACGAGAACAAUGAGGACGAAGAAUAUCUGACAACAAUAAAACAGUUUCAAGUCAGCGGUUGGACUGAAAACGAACCACUCCCGCCAAUACAAAACAUGUUGGACUGCCUCGAUGCUGUCAGAAAGUGGCAGCCGCACCUAGCCGAAAACAGACCUGUUUUGAUUCACUGCGAGAUGGGACAUGAGCGGAGUGGAUUGACCGCAGUACUUUUGAAUGAGCUUCAUCGCAUGGAAAAGACACGAGGUCAGAUAAACAUCGUGGAAACUGUGAAGACAAUGAAACAGAGAAACAGAGACAUCAUACCUAAUACUGUCCAAUACAAAUUCAUCUACGAUUCACUUUUGGAACAUGCCAGGAACAUAACGGACUAUGAGAACGUUUAAAGAAAACCUGCUAAAGUUCUUAAAAUUGACAAUGUCCUAGUACUGUGGUAUCCGAGAAAAAAUACGUUUUUUAUCGAAUUUAUUAUCAAAACAACACAGAUCAUACUUACGCUACAACCCCAUUGCUUCCUUGAAAAUUAUAAACGUGAGUGCGUGUGUGUACGUGUGUGUUUUAGUAUAAAUAAUCAGUUAUUAUUCUAACGCAUAGCUUGUUUUGGUAAUGAAAAUCUUAGAACGCAUUUCAAAAUGCUAAUUAUAUGACAUAAUUAUAAUUGUUUCACAUUUGUAAUCGUAAUUUAAUUUUGUUUAUUUGUUUUUGAAUGGCUAGCUUAGCCGAAGCUGGAUACAUGUUUUGUUCUAUUGCAUGGUUAGUCGCAAGUUUAGAAAUCUUAUCAUGCUAAUCAAAAUGCUAGCUAUAUGACCUAUACAUGAAUGUUUCCCGUUUGUCAAAGUGACGUAUUGCAUUUUUGUUCAUGUGUUGUUGUUUUUGUAUGGAUGGUCUACACAAAGCUAGAUACUUGUUUGAUGAUAGUUACUUGAGACAAAGAAACCAUUUACGUAUUAUGUUUACAGAAAGAUGAGACUGUUACACAUUUGUUUGUGCUAUACUUAUAAUCAGAUUUUAUGUAUAUGUGUUAUAUGUCUUGGAAUUGGCUUUUGUUAUUUAUACAUACACGGAACACAACAUAUACGUAGAAUACGUUAUUGCGUACAUAAUAAAUACAUUAUUCAAAGAAUCUACUUAAACGAACAUAUUUCAAGUGCACUACUAGUAUCGCAUUUUUGUGAUGUAAUUGAUGUCUUGUACCGCUCGCUGACCUGUUAAAUGUUAAAAUACUACUGUAAUGCAGAGAUCUUUUACAUUUGUUCUGAAAUAAUUUUUGCAUGUG